AGGUAGUUAACGAACACUGAUAUGACGACAACUACACAAAGACUAGUAGAUUAUUACCAAUGGGUCAUCGAAAACGGCGGUAAGUAUCUACACCGACAAACUGCCCAUCUCACUCCAUGUAAGGACAAACUGACCGUUAGUUCAUCAUCGUAUCCAGGGUCCUGUCCCACUCCUCGCUCCGCGGCACCAAUAGGAGUGGACCCUGGGAACGAGGGACCGUCCGUUCAUCCGUUCUUCACAGAUAACCUUCUACGGCAUUCUACAACCACGCUCAAUACGGGCACCUUAUUAUUACAGACAGUUUGCUUUGUCCCUAGGGAAAGAAAGCCCUUUUAUUUUCUUUAAAUCCAACCCGCGCUAAACACGAAAACUUUCUAUGACCCCCUCAGUGUUCAUAUUAGCGGGGUUUGACUCUUGUACCUGGUAAUCCGAGCUACAAAUAACAGGCGGUCAUCGGCCAAUGUCCGACCAAAAUUUGCUAUAUGCCGCACAGGAUUCCUACCUUUGGUCGCGGAACGUGGUGAAUGGACAUAGUUCAUAGUUCAACUUAAGAACAUCAUUUUAAGGCUGCAGAUUGGCAACGUCUUGUCUGUCUAGGUUGUUUGUUAAUAAUGCCAGUUGCGCGUCGUUUUUCGCGGUGAGGGAACGUAAAGUUAUCCCCCAAAAAUUACUUUUUAAUGGCAAAUUCACAGUUCUAGUUAAAAAAAUUUGUCUCCCCAGCAUCAUAACAAACCUUACAUACAACAAAAAUAAGUUUUGAAAAACUGAUAGCCUAACAAGUUUUCAAAAGCCCCAAUUGUUAUCUGUUUUAAUCUUCGAGUUUGUCCAUCUGGGGCUUAUUUUGAAUUUGCUCUUCUAUUUAUACCUUCUUUUAUUGCUUUGAGCGAUUAUCAUUUAACUAACGGCAAUUCUCACUGUUUGAAUAUUGAAAAAAUUGGUGACACAACCCCUUUAAGAAAUUAAAAGUCAACUUACUGUGUAUGUCGGACAAACCUUCUUGCUUUCUUGUUCGAUUAAAAUGGUGUCCUGUCUGUAUGUUGUGGUCGUUAUAAACGAAAAAAUAUAUAUUUGUAUUUUCUUUGUUAAUCGACACUACACUCUUCUUAGAAGGACUAAUUGUACAACGCUCUGGGUACGAUGUUGCUAAUUUUAUGUCUAUGCGUAGCCCGGACUAAGCGUUCUUCUUACCAUUAUUUUUGUGUUGGAUUUUCGCGAAAUCAAUCAAAAGCCGCGCACAUUUGAGUCUGUUCUCUAAAACAAUCAAGUGGUUAUAUUCUUGUUAGUUUGUUGUUUUAGUUAAUUAUUUGUUCGUAAUCAUUUUAAGGUCAAACGAAAAUAUUGCGGCAUAUUGCUAUAUGGUAUGGUUUUUUUGUUCUUGUUAAUAACAUGUCUAUUUUUUUCUCUCUUCUCUACUUAAGAUCCCAAAACCGAGGAAUGGCCUUUAAUUGCCACUCCAUGGCCGACUGUCGCUUUAGUGGCCAUGUAUUUGUUCAUUGUCAAAGUAGGGCCCAAGAUAAUGGAGACCAGACCAGCUUACAGUCUGAGAGAAGUGCUGAUUGUGUACAACUUUGCACUUGUACUUCUAUCUGGUUGGAUGGUAUACGAGGUGAGCGUGCCUCAUGGCUCAGUUAUAACAUUGAAGACGAUGCCAGAGUGAUUUCAGUCUGAAAAAAACGUGAAGAAAGCUGAGCAUUUUGAAUGAUCUUGGUUUCCUCUUCUCAUCUUUUUAGUGCGCUCUACGCAUGAGUGUGGGAGGGCGCAGUUCGUUAAUGAGUGUGGGAGAUUACAGUUCGUGAGUAGCGUGAAUGAGUGUGGGAGAGGGCAGAUCGUUAAUAACGUGAAUAAUUGUGGGAGAUAAGAUUGCAGAUCGUGAGGAACGUGAAUGAGUGUGGGAGAGGGCAGAUCGUUAGUAACUUGAAUAAGUGUGGGAGGUAAGAUUGCAGAUCGCGAGUAACGUGAAAACGUGUGAGAGAUUUCAGCUCGUGAGUAACGUGGAUGAGUGUGGGAGAGGGCAGAUCGUUAGUAGCGUGAAUAAGUGUGGGAGAUAAGAUUGCAGAUCGUGAGUGACGUGAAUGAGUGUGGGAGAUUGCAGCUCGCGAGUAACGUGAUAAAGUGUGAGAGAUUGCAGUUCAUGAGUAACAUGGAUGAGUGUGGGAGAGAGCAGAUCGUUAGUAACGUGAAUAAUUGCGGGAGAUAAGAUUGUAGAUCGUGAGUAACGUGAAUGAGUGUGGGAGAUUGUAGAUCGUGAGUAACGUGAACGAGUGUGGGAGAUUGCAGCUUAUGAGUAACGUAAAUGAGUGUUGGAGAUUGCAGCUUGUGAGUAAGGUGAAUGAAAAUUCUGGGGCAGGGGAGAUGAUGGAAGUGGGAUGGCAUUUCAGUCUUUCAUUUAUCCUCUCAUCGAUUCAUUUAUUUAUUCUGUUAUUUAUUUUUGAUUUUAUGCAGUUUAUCGCUUCAGUCAUGGAUAUUCCCAACUUUAACUUUUUGUGUGAGCAAGUGCCUUACGUCCGUGACGAUCCAAGAUUGAAUCGGGUUUGUAUAAACUACUUCAGCACAAAGUUGCACUCCUUAACUUAGUUUCGAUCACUAAUUCUAGGUUUCUUUCACCCAAAACUGUUUGUAAAAUCCAGUUCCACUUUCAUGAAGGCGAUUUUGGUCAACUGUAUAAGUAAUGUCAUUAGUGUUAAUGCCUUACGUCACAUUUUGCGCUUGCCUUCUAUAAAAUCUUUGUCAGGUGAAUGGUACUAAGCACGUGUCGCUUAAAAUUGAGUUAUGUUUGUAUGGAAUAAUUAUAAAAUCAUGUGUUGGUUACAUGUUAAUUUUUUUUCUUUCAAUUUUGUUGUUUUUGUUGUUGUCGUUGUUUUUAUUCUUGUCGUCUUUUUUCUUUUUUUCCCCUCUGUGAACCAGUAGCUACAGACUUAUAUUUAACCCAGUUGUAUUUAACCUUUAUAAAACAGGAGUUUAAGAAAAACUGUUUUGAAGCUUAUUAUUGUUAUCUUCCUGUUUUACAGCUGGCUCGCGUUUGUUACGUUUAUUGGUUGUCUAAGUUUGUGGAGUAUCUAGACACGGUAAGUACAGUUGAUGAGUUACCCCGGUCAACUUUAGCAAGCGUUUAUUCGAGAAUAACCUCAGGUUAUGUCCGUCUGUGGAACAGCGUCGAAAUCCCUGUUCUGGGCCCCCACUUGUGUACCAGGAUUUGAGUACAUGUUCGUGCUAUGAUUGGCCUGUUAAAAGGCCAUUGUCAAUAUGGCAAUCAGGGCGAAGGGAAACUCGACACCCAUUUCUGGUAAUCCAGUGAGUCCCUUGGAGGACCAGAACAAGGAUAUCGGCGUUGCUUCGCAGACGUUACUAACCGUAUUUAGAUUACGUCUGCAACGCAAGCUAAAGGCUAUCUCCUGUAGGCGGAUGACAUUUCUUCCCGGGACAACUUUUCCUCAUACAAACGGAAUCUGAUUGAUAUAUUUUCUAUUGCAGUUUUUCUUCAUUCUUCGCAAGAAGAAUAACCAAGUGACGUUUCUACACGUGUAUCAUCACGCUAGUAUGUGCGUAUUGUGGUGGAUGGUCUGCAAGUGGAUUCCAGGUGAGAGGGAUGGAUGGCUAGAAUAAGGCAGGGGAUGGGGGGUUUAAAAGAAGUGGUUAGUCAGUGGGUGUGGUCAAAGAAAGGAUUCCCGGUGAGAGGGAUGGGAGGAGUGUAAAAAAGACACGGUUGAUGGGUGUCGUUAGCAAAAGGAUUUCGGGUUAGAGGGAUUGCAGGCUAGAGUAAGAAUGGGAAUGGGAGCGUUUGCAAGACGUGUCUAAUGGGUGUGAUCAGCGAAAAGAUCCAGGUGAGAGCGAUGGGAGGCUAGAGUGAAAAAGGGGAUCGGAGUGUUAGAAAGACGCGGUUAAUGGGUGUGGUCAACGAAAGGAUUCCAGGUGAGAGGGAUGGGAGGUUAGAAUAAGGUAGAGGAGAGGAGGGUAAGAAAGACGCACUUGAUGGGUGUGGUCAGCGAAAGGAUCCAGGUGGGAGGGAUGGGAGGCUAGAGUAAGAAAGGGUAUCGGUGUUUUAGAAAGACGCGGUUAAUGGGUGUGGUCAACGAAAGGAUUCCAGGUGAGAAGGAUGGGAGGUUAGAAUAAGGUAGAGGAGAGGAGGGUAAGAAAGACACGGUUGAUGGGUGUGGUCAGCGAAAGGAUCCAGUUGAGAGGGAUGGGAGGCUAGAGUACGAAAGGGGAUCGGUGUGUUAGAUGCGUUUAAUGGGUGUGAUCAGCAAAAGGAUUCCAGGUGUGAGUGUUAGUCACGUAUUAGGGUAGGGCAUCCGUGGAAAAAGCAUUGGACAGGAUGUAAAGAAGCACGUCUUCGGUGGGUGUGGCCUUUAAGGGAAGAGAAAGAACGAUGCGUGUAUUAUUAUUCCAACUGAGUUUCUGGUGACAAAGUUGGAGAACAGAAGAGAUUGAGGAGAAAGAACGUGUUUACAUUACCUCCCUUCCUUUUGGUCAUGAUUUUCACUUAAGACCUAAGUAAACGCCACCAACUAUUUUUUGCAGUGAGACAACUUACGGAAGAAGAAAACAACGAAUGUGAAAAUAGACGAGGAAAAUGAAACUAAUUUUAAAUUAAGAUCGAUAUCGAUCACGUAUCACGUAACUUCCAAUUUCCCGUUUUCACGCAAGUAAGAUAAUUAAGAAAACUUACUUUAUAUUAACACUUUUCUUUUGUUUUGUUUCAGGAGGUGUCUGUAAGUAUCCUGUCAAUAUCUUUUAUGUAGUCGCUUUACUCCCUUUUUUGUAACUUUGUAUUUUUGAAACAAAUUUCUGACUUCCUGUCUUUACUUUCAGCUUACUUCGGUGCAACAUGCAAUAGUUUUGUUCACGUGGUCAUGUAUGCUUAUUAUGGUCUGUCUGCGAUUGGUCCACAAAUGCGUCCGUAUCUGUGGUGGAAACGCUACAUCACAAAGCUUCAACUGGUAAGAAUUUUCUCACUUAUUACAAUACCUUAUAGAGCUGAGCGAUUUCAACUGAGUGACGUGAGACGAAAGGAUUAAUCUGACCAUUCACAACAGAAGAAGACUUCUAAUGAACCAAUCAGAACUUAAAGCAAAUGUGUCUAAGCGCGGUAAAUCGCCCGCAAACAAGACUUUUGAUUGGCUGAAAAGCUGUAUCACGAUGUCGUGUAGAUCACAAAUUGAAGAAUUACAAAACGGAAGACUAUGAAUUUUGUGUUUACACUCGUUUGAAAUGCGCUCUUCUACCGUAAAAUUCCCCGAAAGAAAGCCCCCAGUUAUAAGUUCAUCUACCCGUCAACGUAAUGUUGCGUUAAUAAGCCCUGUCUAUGUUGUUUGUUUGCUUUUUUUCUUAACAUAGGCGCUAAGCCUUUAAGGUUCUGUUGGAAAGCCUUAAACUACGAGUUCGAUUUUUCAGUAAAUCAAUAAAAUGACUAUUUAACUCUUAGAAAACGAGAACUAGUAGUCUAAUUAUUUUAGUAGAAACUAAAUGACAUGCUACUUAAGAUUCUAAAUCAAGUUUUAAUGAAAAUGUAAAUAAACAAGCCUUUUUAUACACAACUAAUUUUGUACUUAUUACCAUUUAAAACGUUCUAUCCGUUUUUUAUUAUUGUUUUAUCGGUUUUUUGAUUCAUUUACCUACAUAUUCAUCAAAGACGAUUUGUUAAAGAGUUUGCCGUUGUUUUGCCCUUUUUCAAAACUUAGGGCUCGCUACUCGCGUGAAAACGUAUUUGGAUAUCGCCAUAAUCAUUUUUUCUCAAGAAGUUCAAGGGGCUUCCUUCAGGAGCUUUUUGGAGGUAUCGUAAAGCAGAUUAAAAAAAAAACGAUUAUAAACUGAAAGAGUGCGCUCUUUUUUGUUUCCGCUGGUUCUGCACUUGUUCGCAAAGUGUUUUCAUAUUGUUCUCAAGGGUAUAUUGUUUUCGUAUUAGCAAGCAACGCCAAUUGUGCAUAUUAAACACGUAGCCAGCAUCAAAAAUUUGUCUGAAAAUUCGUCUUUCCGCUAUUCAGAGAAGCUGUAAAGCCACAAGCGUAUGGCAUCAUUGUCAACCGUCGUUUAUAUCAACCGCGCCAGCCUUAACAAUUGCUCUUAAAAACAGCGGUUAGCAAUAAUACUCUGAGCACACUUGAUUUAUUUUGUAAAAAUUUUGGUAUUUUAACAUCGUUCGUCUUGCCGCACUGCAAAGUCGUAAGUGCUUCUAAAACCAAAGGCAUGUUUUGUCUCAACUAAGGCUAUGUAUACAUUAUACUGGAUAACUUUUCACGUCGACUUGAAAAGCUGUCCGCUAUAGUAUGAAUACCUGUUCAUUCUGCACAAAAGAGUGGCAUAGAAACCUGUCCGAUCCACGUUCAAUAUAUGGGCGGGGCGGCUACGCCCCUCUACAGAAACCACACCGAAGUGAGCGUUCUUAUGUGUGAACAGGAACCCUAUCCGAGAUGGUUUACGUCCCGGCGCAAGAGCUAUCAAGUAUAGUGCAGACAUACCGUAAAAUUCCGAAAAGAAGCCCCGGGGCUUAUCUUUUUCAAAGGCCCUUUUUGUGGGGCUUGUUUUUGGAGGGGCUUAUAUACGGAGGGGCUUAUAUAUGGAGGGAAAUUUGCGUUUCGACAUCGAUUGGGCUAGCCUUACAGUGGAAGUAAAUUUACCGUUUUUGCUUUGUUUUACUUUGAAUUUGAGGGUAAUUUUCCUAGUACAAGCCCCCGGGGGGCUUAUAUUUGGAGGGGCGAUUUAACGGAGGGUUUUUUGCGUUACGAGUUUGGGGGGCUUAUAUUUGGAGGGGCUUAUACAUGGAGGGGCUUAUUUUCGGAAUUUUACGGUAGCUCAAGUCUCUGAUUCGAUGUUACUCUGGGUCCUCUUCCGUUUGUCUCUGUCGACCAUGUUUCUUUCGCAAAAUGGCUCACAGUCUGGUUUAAUGCGCUCACACUUAAAUUAUGAAAACAUCCAAGUUCCUAUCUUAUGUUAUAUGGAUUGACUAAUCACUAUUGUUUAGGAAUGGAAAUAACAGUUAAUGACUAAAUGAUGUUUUUUUCCGUGCUUCUAUGCAAGUUUAGUAGACUUACUUAUACAUAACGUCUUCAAUAAAGCUUUGAUACAAAUAAUGUUGUCCUGUCUCUUGUCCAUGUUAAAUGUAUUGAGAGUCGUUUAGUCUGACAUGAAUUAAUCUGGCUAUAAAGCUUAGAACAGUUAGUUAUUGCGGCACAAUGAGAAUCAAAUUCUUUUCAAAAUACAAGAGAAUAGUUAGUACGUCGGCAUUUGAAUGACUGAUACCUUAAUAAUAACUGUAACACGGGUGCGUAAUUUGAGUAUUGUCAGCAGGAAGGAAUACUAUUCUAAAUGUAUCUUGAAGUCAUAUUUAGCUUUAUUUUCAAAGGAAAAGUGGUAGUACGUUAGUUGGUCGAGUCAUGGAGGAUAUCCCUUGUGCGAAGGCAAGCGCGAAGCGUGAUAGAAAACGUUUAGGGAGCCUCGUUGUUUUGAUGCGUACUAUAAGAGGUUGUGAUGUAAGAGGAUAAUAGCUAUGAUUCAUUAUAUGACACUACUUUUUUUAUCAAUAUGCGUCUUUAUUGGUUAAGAAGAGACUGUGCAAUAUAGUAUAUGUAGAAUCAUUGUAGAUCAUGUGUGCUAUCGUUCGACUCUUGAUUUUAGCUGACAUUCUGCAGUUGUACUCAUAAUAUUUGUUCUUAACAAAAAGUGUUUUCUCAAAGCGUUAUUGUAACAGACAUAUUCGUUCGAUAGUUGAGUCCUUUGAAACGUUAGUAACGUUUUCACUAAGAAUUCUAGUAGUAGGAGAAAAGUGUAACUUAACAGGAGAAUAUUGUGAAAAAGGCUUCAUGUCUGAAUAGCAAAUAGUUAUAGGCUAUCGCACGUUCUGAGCCGGAGAAUUCUGUGUACUAAACGGAGAAUUCUCAGAUCUCCGAUGCCUAAUGAACACCCUGCCGGUUACUACAUCAAAUGAGGACUUUUUUCCUUUUUUUGUGUAAACGCAAACAAUGGAAGUCGUCUUUACAAAGUGUAAAAACAUAAUUCAUGACACAGAGAUAACCCAAAAAAAUAGUAAUAAUAAUAAUAAUAAUAAUAAAUAAAGUAUUAGCUCGGAAAAAUAGUUUCCCCCCUUUGUCUUUUUGGGACAGUCAGGGCACAGUAGAACCGUUGGUCGUCUUGGAUUCAGGCCCUAAGCUAUGAAAAAGGUCUACUUUAAGGGGCUGUGUCCAACUUCAUGUAGUCUAUUUCGCUUUGGUUAUAGUGCCAGUUAUGCCUCCUUAUUCGCUAUGAAACUUAAGAAAUUGUACCAGUGAACUAAAGAUCUGUGAAUCUCUUGUAAUGUUCAAAUCACUGAUUAGGUUUCACUGUUUUUCAAUGAUGCAUUUGCAUAAUACCCUCAUUUUCCUACUACGACCGGGAUGUUCCCAGGGUUUUGCUUUUUUGCAUAAAUUACGGCUGUUCUUAUUUGAACCUCGAUAGGACUAUCAAAUUUGAAUAUAAAAGGAACGCGAAAAUGAUGUGUGCUGUUACCAUUCAAAUGAAACCUCUUAUUCACCGUUUGAGAUUUUAUAGAAAGAAAUUUAUAAUUUUUUGUGAAUUUGUUAGUUUGGCCAGUAUUAGGAGUGGGGCCAUGUCACAAGAAUUUUGCUCUGUGAGGUCAAUUCUCUGCUGAAGUCAUUACUUCCUUUACCUAUACCGCCACAAAUUGAUCCUAUAGAGUUAAGAAGAAGAUAUUAAACAAAUUUUAACAGAGAGCAAUAAACAUAAUACUUUUUUGGUGUUUUUUGCCGGGCAUAGCAUUAAAACUUAAAAAAAAAAAAAAGACAACUUUUUUUCAAGAUUCAGUCCAUGUUCACCCUUACUAUCCCGUAGCAACAGACGACAGGAAACAGCUUCAAUACCUAAAUAUAGUCUUUACCCGCCCAAAUAUCCACAUACAAAUUCUCCAUACUGAUAUUCAUACAUUUCCCUAGAGAUAACUUGAGAGAGUUUAAUAAAAGAUCAUAGCAGUUUCUCUUUGGUGAUCAUUUGACUAAUUCUCGUAACGAUUUGUCUUGACAACGUAUGGAUAUUGUUAGGAGAAAAUUAAUGUUGGUCACUAUUGGGACUGAAAGGGUUAAAUAGCGAAACCGGACCAUUAUUUUUGGAAUUCGAUUGUUGCAAAGACAUGUUUUAGCGUUCUUAAAGAUAACAAAUAUUGUGGCAUAGCCCCUGCAAGUUCUUUGUGGUGAUUUUUGUGCUUGUUUGCUUUUGUCUUUGUAGACUCAGUUUACUGUUAUCAUAAUAUCUGGGGUGGGCGCGUUGUUCAACCACGACUGUAAAUACCCCACUUGGGCAAAAUGGAUCAUGGUUUUCUACACAUUCACUCAGCUGGCACUUUUCAGCAACUUUUACGUCAAAACGUAUCUGCAAAAUAGACAGAGCAAGAUGGCGGACAGCAAAAAAGAAUCGUAGGCAAGACUUCUGGAUUAAACAACCAAUGACCCGGACACAAACACACAACUCGGUGAUUAAUCAUUUCGCGAUCGUCGCAAGUGAUGGACUUUGACAAAAAAAUAUUUUUUUAAAGAAAGCAAUAUAUGACUGGAUUAGUGAUUAAAAAGUGAAAUUAUUUUCAUUAAAUUUUCGCCUACGAUCAUUCCCUCCCCAUAUCUCUUACAUGCCUUCCCCCUCUCCAGUCCAGAAAAACAAAACAAAACAAAACAAACACACAAACAAACAAAAAAACAUCGUGAUCGUAGUUUAUUGCGUUAUGGGAUUUCUUGACGCUGGAUGACAUCUGUUUUUAAACUUCUGUACUCUAUUUAAAGCACUUGUUAAUUUUCACUGAAUGAGAUACUGGCGUGUAUAUACUUUCAUGAUAUCUAAUUUUAAUCGAAAAAUGGGUAUUCAAUUUUGUCGUUUAUAUGUAUUGGUGUAAGGGUUUUCUAUUCUGUUAUGUUUUUACUCUUUUGUUUUCAAAAAGGAUAAGUAGAGUAGGUUAUUUGUUCGUCAUUUAAACUGAAAAAUAAUAUUUUUUUAUAAUAAAGUUAUCCAGCAUUGAAGGUGUUGUACAGUUUUAUUUUCAAGCGAGCUUAUUCAUGCAAUCGUCAGUUAAGAGUACAAUACAAUACAUUACAAUUUAGUUCACAUUUCAUUUUCUUAAUAUUUUUAUGGUUUCAUAGUAGACUGUAUUCUGAAGAUUAUUUUGAAUAUUAAGGUUAAGCGUGAGGUUUUCGAGAUAAGCUAUAGCCAAUGUAUUUGCAAUCUUUGUAUACCUCUUGGUGAAGGGCAAAUAUAAUGUAAGACACAGUUCGUGAGCCGACAUGUAGAAAAAUAGCAUCUAAAUAUCAAGGCAAAGCAGACCCUAGCAAAAGGAAACAAAUAAAUGAAGAGAUAAAUAAAGCAGCUGCAAAGCAUGCGAAUAAUAAACAAUUAUUGGAUGAGGUUUCUGUGAUAUCCGGAAUAAUCAAGGUCAAGGGAAGUGUUAUCACCUGAGCUGACGGCCGAGGCUGAUAGCACUUACCGAGACCUUGAUUAUUUAUGAUAUCACAAAAACCGAAUCGAAUAAUAGUUUCAUUAUACACUGUUUUGAAGAAAGUAACAACAAACACACCGUCGCCAGGAACCUGAAUUAACACUGUUAUUGGAAAUCAUGCCAUUACGCGUGCAACCUACAGAUUAGUCAGUUAUCUGCUAGCAGAUAACUGACUAAUCUGUAGGUUACGCUGAUUUCUAAAAUUAGCUGCAGGCUCUUAGCCAAUAAGAAGAUAGAUAGUGAAUGAAAUGUAUAAUAAUAAAAAAUUAUUGGACGAGGUUUUUGUCACAUCCGUAAUAAUCGAGGUCAAGAGAAUUGUUAUCAGCUGAGCCGACGGCCGAGGCUGAUAACGCUUACCGAGACACUGAUUAUUCCGGAUAUCAAAAAAGCGAGUCUAAAAAUUGUUUUAUUUUACAUUGUUUUGAAGAAAAUAACGACAAACACCGGCGCAAGGAACCUGAAUUGACAUUGUUCUUGGAAAUCAUGCAUUGCGCACGCAACCUACAGAUUAGUCGGCUGUCUGCUAGCAGAUAACUAACUAAUCUGUAGGUUGCGCAGAUUUCCAAAGUUAACUGUAGGCUCUAAGCUAAUGAGGAUACAGAUAAUGAGUACAAUAUAUAAUAAUCGAGAAAAACUGUAGCCAAUGUAGUUGUAAUUUUUGUGUACCUCUCAGUGGACAGCAAAGUUGUAAGACAAACAGCACUAGAACUUACAUAAAGCAGAAAGCAUGGCAUCUAAACACCAAGGCAAAACAGAGCCUAGUUUAAGGUGAUAAAUAAUAAUAAAUAAAGUAAUCAUAAAUCAGCUGCAAAGCAUACGAAUAAACGAGUUAAUCUGCGUAGUACAUACGAGAACACACUUAUAACCAUAGCCUCCCAUCUUUUCAUCCGUUGACUGAUAAAACAAAUAACGGACACGUACCGAAACCAUUUUUCAAGUUUAACGAAAAUCGCUCUAAGGUGGUUCCGUGAACGGAACACCUAAACGCACGAGUUUUUAAUCGGUCGAAAAUUCGCCAGGUGCCGCGUGAACACGGCCUUUGUUGAGGGAAGUAUGCAUAAGCCUGAGAAAUCAGCUGACAUUUGGCGACCCCACCACUGGUUUCUCCGCGAAAUGACGUCUGAGAGACGAGCACAGAAAUUUCAUACCCAUUCCAUGGGUAGUGUUUCUGAUUCGGGUUUAAGCUAAUUUUCAACCAAUCAGAAGCACUACCCAGAUCUUGGUAGUGAUGCGUCAUCAGUAUGGAAUGUCUGUGCUCGUUUCUCAGCCGUCAUUUCGUGGGAAAACCAGUGGCGGGCGGCGUCGCAAAAUGUUGGCUGUUUUCUCAGGCUAAGUAUGAAUAAAAAUGCUGCAAACGAGUUUGGGAGGUCAGAUGCACGCAGUUGUUCCUGGCGUAAACGGUCGCUGUCAUUUUUAAGACAAUAUGCCAAUUUUUGACAUGUUAUUGAGAGUGUUUCUUUUAAAAAGAAAGAAAAUCGCAACCCAGGGACAAAACCGGACCUUUAGUAUCCUUAUCUCUCUCCCUUACGACUACACUACCAAACCGACCCAUCAAAAUUCCAGAAAAACUUAAGUUCAUAAACUAGCAAACUGUCUCUCUUAACUAUUACAUCAAUAACAGGUGACCCUAGUCCGCUCCAUAACUAUGAACGUGAAUUCAACUUGGGUUCCAAGGCCGUUCUUUCUAAGACUAUUCAAAAACGUUGAAAAUGGAAACGGCCGUUUACGAAAGGGAAAUUGUCGGAGGCGACGCUUAUGGUAACCUUAUUUUUUUUUCUUUUUCUUGAACAGACUCAGUUUGUGGUAGUUCAGAUUUACAUAGUGAAUGCCCUGCGAAUUGAUUGUGGCUACAGUAGGAAUCAGCUCUAUCUGACUUGGUCUUAUCUUGUCACUUUAAUCAUCCUGUUCGGCAACUUCUACGUCAAGUCCUAUCGUAACAAAAGUAACAACAAAGACGGCUUCAGCGAGAAAAAAAAUAAUGAACUCAAAAAAUCGGAGUAAAUACUUGUAAGAAUAUUGAUAUGGUUGGCAGUGAAUACCCGUUGUUUUAUAUUGUUCUAAGGUGUAAGAGAGGGCCCAUAUUGUUUGCAAUUCUGGCAGUACGCCAAAGGAACAAUUUUAACAAGACUAAUAUUUUAACUUUUAGUGCAGUGAUGUGAGAUAAAUGUUUGUAGCUGCUUGUGCGAUACAAAAUAGGAAGGCGAAGAGAAAUAAGUUGUCUUAAGGUCAUCGAAAUGGCUACAUAUAGAAAGGAUAAUACCUUCCGCAACUUUUAAAGUCGCAAAUUUUGCAGUCCACCGUUAGUUGCUGUCUGGUUUGGAUCCGUAGAUUCAUUUUAUUUCCUGUUCCUAAUGAAGGAAAGAGACAACAGAGAGAAAAUUGUACUUGCAGUACUUUUAUGGAUGUUAUAAUUCCUGGUUAGUGACAAGGGAGAGUAGACGCACAUGCGAUCUCAGUUAUCAUUGAAAUUGCGAAUUUUAGUAAUUUGUUUCUUGACACGGAAAAUAUUUCUCACAGAGAAGGAGAAAAGAUCAGUAGACUUCUUUUCAGAAGUAGAACGUCGUUAGAUAGUAAAGAGAAUUGCAACAUUUACCGACCAGUCAAUAAUCAGUCAUUUAACCCCUUGGUAAAGUCUCAAAUAGUGACCAACAUCAAUUUUCUCCUAACAAAACCAUACGUUAUCAAAAGCAAAGAUUGAGGAAUAAUAAAAUGAUUACGUAAUGUAAAAUGCUUUGAUCUUGUAUUAACUUUUCCCAACUAAUUUGUAAAGGUCAUUUUGAAGAAUUUGUAUCAUGAUUUUCUGCAUUAAAAUAAUUUUGUUUGAAAAGUGAUGUCAAAGUCUUGUCAUAUUGUUUCAUCAAAAUAUCAAAUAACCCUUAAUUCGCCAAAAAUGCUCCGCCACGCUUCCUAUUUUCAAUCAGUUUCUUUUAAUAAACGUUGAAUUGUCGUUUUUGCUCUAUAACGUUCUAAUCACCCCUCAGGUGAUGAAUCGUAUAUUACAUAUGA